UGACAAGUAAAGUUAGGACACACGUGAAAAGAGUUUGAACCCUGAGACGCUCAGAUAGAGAGUUAGUUUGCUAAGAGGCUUAAGCCAACUAUCACCAAAACUAAGAUUCUGGGUGUGAUCCAGAGGCUAGUAGACCCUCGAAAAUAUAUGGAUUUCAAUGACCCGAUGCUGCUCCUGAGUUCCCGGAUUGGUCAAAUUGGUGAUCUUGGUCUUGAUUUGCUAUGGCGUUUCUUACACAUAGUUGUGAGCUUAUUCCACAUCGUCUCUGGCAUCUUUGAGGCAAUCCAAAGCUAUGCGAUCUCGUUAGGACUGAUUCAGAAGUACAGCUCCAUCGACAUUGAGAAACUCAUGUGUCUGGCUGUUGUAGUGGAUAUCGAAGUAGCUCGAGAUGUUGCCAAGGUUGUUGAGCUUUUACAGUGGUUAAAGACCAUUGGGGUGAAACAAGUUGGUCUGUUUGACUCCCAAGGUUUGUUGAAGAAGUCCAAGGAUAUGAUCCUUGAACUGGUGCCAGGUUCAAUGUUGUUACAGGAGACUGGUGAAAAGGACAUUUCUCCUGACCGGAAGGAGGGCAUUGCUAUAGAGUUCAUUUCUUCGUCGGACAACAAAGAAGCUGUUGUGAAGGCAGCCAACAUACUACUUCAGAGACACUUGAAAGCCAGCCAUCCUGAGAAGGAUGAAGGGGACAACGUUUUUACUGAGUCUCAUUUGAAUGAAGCUUUAAGAGUUGUUGGUGAGAACGUACAUGUACCUGAUCUUAUGCUGGUUUAUGGACCUGUGAGGAGCCAUCUCGGUUUCCCUGCUUGGAGACUUCGAUACACUGAGAUCGUACAUAUGGGAUCGUUGAAGUAUAUGAGAUAUGGUUCCCUUCUGAAGGCAAUCCACAAAUUUACAGGAGUGCGCCAAAACUAUGGGGUUUGAUGAUGAUUGUCCGGGCGCAGAUGGUGUUAUAGAGAUUAGUUUUUGGUUUGUGAUUCACAUAUAUGUCGUUUCAAAUGAGACAUGGAGUUACUAAUCUAGUGCUGCCACCAUUAUUGCAAAUUUGUUCACAUUUUGUUCUGACAACCAGUAAUGCUACAGAGUUCAUUGCAUAGAAUUUGAUUACA